UCCGAGUUUCAGUGCGUGUUGCCGAGCUCCUGCAGCCUUAUCGAGUUUGGGGGCAGAGAGCCGGGUCUGGGGGUGGAAGAGCUGCGCGGUGCCGGCAAAGAGCUCAGCGCCCCGCUCAGCGCCCUGGAAUGUGCGGCUUAGGGCAGGGGCGAGCAGGGGCUUUGGCUUAGCUGGUACUAAUUGCAAGUUUUAGUGCUGAAAAACUCUGUUAAAAAAAAAAAAAAAAAAAAAAAAGCGGCAAAGAAGCGAAGAGCCAAGAGAGGGGGUUAAGACUGGGAGAGCUGUUGCUCCAAGCAGCAGUGCAAGGAGUUGCUCAACUCUCACUUAGCAGUGCGGUAGGAAGGACAAUGCAUUAAGGUCGCUGCCCCAAAACGCUGCCGUGUCUGCGAAUGGUGCUGGGCGCUGAGGUGGGCUCCAGGUUUUAUCACGCUGUGAAUGAGUUUGACACCAUGACCGCUGAGGAUUCCACUGCAAGGAUGAGCAAUGACUCCACUAAUGUGGCCACCACAAAAGUCCCUGAAGGUGUUGCUGGUGCGCCCAACGAGGCAGCUCUGCUGGCCCUCAUGGCCCGCACUGGAUACAGUAUGAUCCAGGAGAACGGGCAGCGCAAGUAUGGAGGCCCUCCUCCUGGCUGGGAGGGCCUGCACCCUCCUCGUGGCUGCGAAGUCUUUGUGGGCAAAAUCCCCCGCGAUGUCUACGAAGAUGAACUUGUCCCCGUCUUCGAGUCUGUUGGCCGCAUCUACGAAAUGCGCUUGAUGAUGGACUUUGAUGGGAAGAACCGUGGCUAUGCCUUCGUGAUGUACACACAGAAGCAUGAGGCGAAGCGUGCUGUCAGGGAGCUGAACAACUAUGAAAUCCGCCCCGGCAGGCUGCUGGGUGUGUGCUGCAGUGUGGAUAACUGCCGGCUCUUCAUCGGAGGCAUUCCCAAAAUGAAGAAGAGAGAGGAGAUCCUGGAAGAGAUUGCCAAGGUGACAGAAGGUGUGCUAGAUGUCAUCGUGUAUGCCAGUGCAGCAGACAAAAUGAAGAACAGAGGUUUUGCCUUUGUGGAGUAUGAGAGCCAUCGAGCAGCAGCCAUGGCCAGGAGAAAACUCAUGCCAGGAAGGAUCCAACUGUGGGGACAUCAAAUUGCUGUUGACUGGGCAGAACCAGAGAUCGAUGUGGAUGAAGAUGUCAUGGAGACUGUUAAAAUCCUAUAUGUGAGGAAUUUAAUGAUUGAGACCACAGAGGACACCAUUAAAAAGGUGUUUGGUCAAUUUAACCCCGGCUGUGUAGAGAGAGUGAAAAAAAUACGUGAUUACGCCUUUGUGCACUUUACAACCAGGGAAGAUGCCAUUCAUGCCAUGAACAACCUUAAUGGUGUUGAACUAGAAGGCUCAUGCCUGGAGGUUACUUUGGCCAAGCCGGUAGACAAGGAGCAAUACACUCGCUACCAGAAAGCAGCAAAAGGAGGGGCAGCAGCAACCUCCGAAGUAACUCAGCAACCUAACUAUGUUUACUCUUGUGAUCCAUACACACUAGCGUACUAUGGAUAUCCAUACAAUGCCUUGAUUGGGCCCAACAGAGAUUACUUUGUGAAAGCAGGCAGCAUACGAGGCAGAGGGCGAGGUGCGGCUGGCAACAGAGCUCCAGGUCCCAGGGGUUCCUACCUGGGGGGAUACUCCGCCGGCCGUGGAAUCUACAGCAGGUACCAUGAAGGCAAAGGAAAACAGCAAGAGAAAGGAUAUGAACUGGUUCCCAACUUGGAGUUACCUGCAGUCAAUCCAGUGGCCAUUAAGCCUGGUGCAGUGGCCAUCCCCGCCAUUGGUGCCCAGUACUCCAUGUUUCAGGCCGCACCGCCAGCCAAGAUGAUGGAAGAUGGCAAAAUCCACACUGUUGAGCACAUCAUCAACCCUAUAGCUGUCCAGCAGGACCCAGCUAGUGCAGCAGCUGCCGCAGCAGCUGCAGCCGCAGCUGUAAUACCAGCUGUCUCAACACCUCCUCCCUUCCAGGGUCGUCCCAUCACACCGGUGUACACCAUGGCUCCCAAUGUGCAGCGGAUCCCUGCCGCCGGGAUUUACGGGACAAGUUAUGUGCCAUUUGCAGCUCCUGCUGCGGCCACAGCAACAAUAGCCACGCUACAGAAGAAUGCUGCUGCCGCCGCCGCCGCCUAUGGAGGAUACGCCGGCUACCUCCCCCCGGCAUUCCCAGCCGCCACCAUCCAGGUGCCCAUCCACGACGUCUACCAGACGUACUGAAACUGUCGGCAGAGGAGGGUGCUGGAGAGACACACACUGAAGGAACACUUUACUAUUUAUGAAGAAAGAACUGUCUGCAAAAGAGUAAACAUUUGGGCUUGGUAAAACAAUGCAGGAAGUGAAGAAUGUCAUAGAAAAACAUGUUUGAAAUAUUUUCUAUGCUUGAAGUUUUCACUAACUUUUUUAGGCUAUUUUUAAAAAUUUAACAUGCCUGUAUUCAUACAUUUCCAAAGGACCUUGGUGCAUCCAACCCACCACUGACAUGCAUUUAUAAGCAUUGUCGUGGGAUUGCAUAGGGUCUUUUUUUUUUUUAGCAGUUAUAUUUUCAAUAUAUUUGUGGUAUGAAGGUUAUUUUUUAGUAAUUUCUGCACUCCAGAGAUGUCUAUUUUGUAGUGCCUUUAAUAAUAUAUCAGCUAUAUAUUAAAAAGCACACCUGAGCAGCUAGGGAAAGUUUUAACAAUAUAUUUUGAAGAGUAUAUUCAAUAUUUAAAGAAUACAUACCUUAGGUUUUUGUUUUGUUUUGUUUUUUAAGAAGAAAACAACACGUAUCUUAUUUAAAAAUUAUACUGGAAAGUGCAAUUUGAAAAAUGUGCAAGACCUCUGCAUUUUUGUGCUGGCAUUAAUACAAUCUUCUCAUUCGAAAUCACAAGUAACUAAUAUUGCCUGCUUGUAAGAAAGAGGAAAGAAAAAAAAAGCCUCUUCACACAUACCUCUUCACAGUGUGAUUUGUAGGCUUGUUUUUAGCUAAAGAAAGGCUCCGAGUUUUCCUUAGCAACUGGAUUUUCUAUUUAUUGAAGCUACUUGUAGUUGGAGCAUGUACAGAAACAAGUAGCUGAUGUUUUGCGCGAGGUGUCUUGACUUAGAUCUUCAUCCAGUAUAAAGCCAAGGCUUUUUUACAAUGCUCUUCAUUUUAUUUUUUGAAGUAUUUGUUGUAGUGACUGAGAACAUAUGCUGCUGUGGCAAGAGUAGCCACACACUCGCUGAGAGGAUGUGCAGCAUUACUUACCCAUUGCUCCAUCAUGUUCCAUGAGAAAUUUCAAAGGUACUAGGGGUGGUAGUGAUACUGGAAUUAGUGAAACAGGGCUAGCCUCCCUCCCAGCCUCCCUUCCACUCUUAAUUCCCUUUCUCCACAACUGGAGUUGUACAUGCACAUCAGGGGUGGGAGUGAUUAGACCCAAUGAUUUUAAGACAUAGAGCUUGUAAAUAUCUUUUAAUAUACAUUUUUAAAGUCAUUUUAUGUUGCAAAUUUGCAUGGUAUGUGGUUUGCCACAAAACAAAAACCUUUUAUUGCAAUGUUAUAAAAAAGUUUGUUUUAUUAAGAAGUAAAUAUAUUAUUGCAGUGUUUUGUGGCCUGUUUAAAGGCUUUUGUUUAGUAGUGCAGUGAAUGUAAAAUAGAGUAAAAUGGUAAAAAAAUCUUGCCCUUUGUAUGAAGUGCAUCAGCUCUGCAAACUGGUGACAAAAGGUAAGAAGCAGGGAGUCAGUAAACAAUGUUCCUUUACUUUUUGUGGUAUAAGUACAUACCAAAGGGGUUUCACAUUGGCCAUAUUUUGACAACUUAACCACUUCCAGACCGCGUCAAGCUCAGUUAAGUGACCUUUUUAAUACACUUAUUUUUCUUGCCUCAAAACUGAGCGGUUGUAUUUCAGGUGCUCUUUCUCAGACAAGCUGAGCUCCCCUUGACUCUGUUGACCCAUUAGCAAAAGCACUGUGAGGUUACCCAUUAGGUUGGACUCUGCCCCUCCACACCCUUCCCAGGAAAAUUUUAUUGUCUGUACCUGCACAUCUGAAAGCACACCCAGACCUCAGCCCCAAGGUCCUGCCCCCAUGUAGGGAGAGACAGGAGGAGAUCUGGGCAAAGCCUGAGGGGCAAACCCCCAGCCAGAGUCCAGCACUGCCUCGUCCAGUCCUCCAGUCUAAGGCCUUACAAAGCUCAACACUGAAUGCCACCAUGGGUCCCUGGGCCAUGCACAAAUGCCUCUGGGGCCAGGAAAAGGCACUCUGGCGGUCAGGGCCUCUGCUGGCCCACUUCCAGCCCCACGGUCAUGGCUGACCCUCAGGUGAUGGCUCCCUUCCCACUAAUCCUCUCCCUGCCAACAGGACAAAGGACCUGCCACUCACAGAGAAGGGCAGGAAGAGAAAGGAGCCAAUGAGGGAAAACCAUGAGGUGCCCCCAGCCCCCCAGGGUAGUAGCCCCCCAGGGAUGGAGGCAGGACCCAGGCAUGCAGGCAGCCAGGCCAUGCAUGCCUCCUGCCCAUCCCUGUCCUGCUUCUAAACCAUUUCACGUACACUACUACUGAGGUAAGUCUAAUAACUUGAAAUGUGAACAUCUUUAGGUUAAGAACAAACUAUUCUAAGAAAAAAAAGUAUAUAUUAAAAAAACAGAACUAGUGUGCCUUAUUCUCAAAAGAGCUGAUAUUUUAGAUAUUUUAUUGUAUCUCUCUUCUCUGUAUUGUCAGAAGUCUCUGAGUUUAUUUAGUUCUUGCUCCAUUUACGGUACAUUUCUAGGAUGUAGUGAAUAAAGCAUUCUUUAAAAACA